CCUGCAGCCCCCGCCAGGAAGCGCGAUGUUCGUCACGGUGAGAUACGGAGCCAACUGCCAGGAGCUGGUGAACCUGCAGUGCCGCGUCCUGAUCCUCACCGCCCACCUGAAGAGGAAGUGUCAGUGCGGGACAGAAGGUACCGAGCGCUCGCGAGCAGCCAUCAGCUGGGUGCAGACCCUUAGAGGAGCAGCAGAGGGUAUCAGAGCAGUUGUGUGCGAGUCACAGGUCACCCCAGAAAGGCAGGGGAGGCAAACCUCCUCCCCUGCAGACCUCAGUACGUUGUCUCAGCACAGCUUGCCAAGGGAAAUGCCUCUAAGCCUGUACCAGCCUGGGCAGGUUGAGGGGGGCACGUGGGACCUUCACAUCUCUUCCCCUCCAGACUGCAUCGAUCUUGUGGAUGAAGCGGGGGCCCUGAUGAACCUGAGCAAAGUGGAAAAUCCUGCAUCUGAGUUUGCCAGUAAAUACCUACGGGAAAGGCAGCGCUACAUCCUCGUCAGAGUCGUCCGGGAACAGAGCACCGAAGCUACCUGCAUCGAAUCCUUACUGCAGAACCUGGGGAAACACCACCCUGACCUCGCAGAUCGGCUGCAGAAGCUCUCGGCAAACACCCCGAUGAGAGAGCAGUGGAGGAAAGGCUCCUUGCAGAGGAGGGCUCAGCCCAAGAAGAGCUCAGAGCCAAAGAGCACCCCUAGAUGAGGAAAGGGCCUGAUGGAAACAAGCACAAGUGCAGUGACCACCACCAGGACCAGUGGUGCCUGAGCCCCCAGCCCCACCAGAACCCCCCACUCCUCAGAUGUUCUGCAACCAAAGCUGCACUGACAUGCAAGCAGCACCCCGGCCAGGCACAAGGAGCUGCCUCCUGCUUCAAGGUGUCAUUCACGUU